UCAGGGGUGCCUUUAGGAGUCAGCAAUAUGGCAGAAGGCAUCAAGACCAAAAUCAAGAACUACCAGACUGCCCCUUUUGACAGCCUGUUCCCCAACCAGAACCAGACCAGGAACUAUUGGCAGAACUACCUGGACUUCCACCACUAUGAGAAGGCAAUGACUGCUAAAUGGGGUGAUGUCUCCGUGUGCAAAUGGUAACAGCAUGUGUACAGUAAGUCCCUUUGCCCCAUAUCCUGGAUGUCAGCCUGGGAUGACCAUUGGGCAGAAGGCAUGUUUCCUGGGAAGGUCUGA